GCCCGGCCCGCGCCCAGCCCCGGCCUCGGCCUCGGCCCCGGACCCGAAUGUUUCACAGCCAAUGGUGCAGAUUAUAGGGGAACGCAGAACUGGACGGCACUACAAGGCGGGAAGCCAUGUCUGUUCUGGAACGAGACUUUUCAGCAUCCAUACAACACUCUGAAAUACCCCAAUGGGGAGGGGGGCCUGGGCGACCAUAACUAUUGCAGAAACCCAGAUGGAGAUGUGAGCCCCUGGUGCUACGUGGCAGAGCACGAAGACGGAGUCUACUGGAAGUACUGUGAGAUACCCGCUUGCCAGAUGCCUGGAAACCUUGGCUGCUACAAGGAUCAUGGAAACCCACCUCCUUUGACUGGUGCCAGUAAAACAUCUAACAAACUUACUAUACAAACCUGCAUAAGUUUUUGUCGGAGCCAGAGAUUCAAGUUUGCUGGGAUGGAGUCAGGCUAUGCUUGCUUCUGUGGAAACAAUCCUGAUUACUGGCAAUAUGGGGAGGCAGCCAGUACUGAGUGCAACAGUGUCUGCUUCGGAGAUCACACCCAGCCCUGUGGUGGUGAUGGCAGGAUCAUCCUCUUUGACACUCUUGUCGGUGCCUGUGGUGGGAAUUACUCGGCCAUGACUUCAGUUGUCUAUUCCCCUGACUUUCCUGACACCUAUGCCACAGGGAGAGUCUGCUACUGGACCAUCCGAGUUCCAGGAGCCUCCCAGAUCCACUUCACCUUCACCUUAUUUGACAUCAGGGAUUCCGCAGACAUGGUGGAGCUGCUGGACGGCUAUACCCACCGAGUCCUGGUCCGUUUCAAUGGAAGGAACCGCCCACCCUUGUCCUUUAACGUCUCUCUGGAUUUUGUCAUUUUGUAUUUCUUCUCUGAUCGCAUCAAUCAGGCCCAGGGAUUUGCUGUUUUAUACCAAGCUGUCAAGGAAGAACCGCCUCAGGAGCGGCCAACUGCCAAUCAGACCCUGGCUGAGGUGAUCACAGAGCAGGCCAACCUCAGCAUCAGUGCUGCCCGGUCUUCCAAAGUCCUCUAUGUCAUCACCACCAGCCCCAGCCACCAACCCCAGACUGUUCCAGGAUGGACAGUGUAUGGCCUGGCAACUCUACUCAUCCUCACAGUUACAGCUAUUGUAGCAAAGGUACUUCUGCACGUCACAUCUAAGUCCCAUCGUGUUCCUACUUCAGGGGACCUUAGAGAAUGUCAUCAAUCAGGGGCAUCAGGAGAAAUCUGGAGCAUUUUUUAUGAGCCUUCUACUUCAAUUUCUAUCUUUAAGAAGAAGCUCAAAGGUCAGAGUCAACAAGAUGACUGUAAUCCUCUUGUGAGUGACUAAAAGGCUCUCCACCCUGUGCCCAGGACAUGAGGUACCUCUGAGCUCAAGGCUGCUGGGGACCACCUCUCCCUGGUUUCCUCUGACCGGCUCCUCCCUGCCUUUCCCUUCACCCCCCAGGGGCACCUCCUUUGAACCCUGCCGGGAAGGGGCACCCUACUGCAGGGGCAAGCAUAGCCUGGAUUCGACCUUAUUCAUCAGCUGCACUUAUGAGAGAGACUCUAGGUCCUAGGGUCCGGCCUUUCCUGCCUCUCUCACUCUCUCUUUCUAAUUUAGGAAUGGGAGUGUUAGGACAGUGGGGCUGAAAUGACAGAUGUGGCUGUGUCCUGCACUAGGCUCAGGUACAUUCUAGACAACAGGCGAGUGGCAGAUAGGUGUAGUAUGCAUUGAGUUUUGCUAGUUUCUUCUCUGUUUUGUCGACACAUAUCACUUUCUCCAUGUCUGAACAGGGUCAGACGGAGAAUUCUGAGGUUCUUUUGAGGGUUAGCUUGGCCCUAUACUCUUGGGCAUUAGCACUCCAAAUUCCUAAAGAGGACUCAUUUCUGUGCUGAUUCAAACGUUGCUCUCCGGGUGCCAGACAAGGACCCCCCAUUUUGGGGGAGGAGAGUCCUAUGAACCAGUCCUGGUGACUCUUAUUCUCAUUAAACCUGACAUCUUCCACAUACAGACUUCUUUUUUAUAACUUCUUUCAGUAACUUGGUGACCAGAAGAGCAAGCUUAAAGAGCAGUUUCAUAAAACAUCCAUUCAUUUAUUCAUGCCUCAAAUUUACUGAAAAGUUUUUAUAGGUGCUCAGUUACUCCAUGUUGGAUUGGAUUUAUCUGGGCCCUAAGCAGCUCAUGGUCCUAUGGGACCUGACCAGACCCCAUCUCUGUGUUUCUCUAAGCUGACUCUCAGUUCAGAACAGGGAGUAUAAACAUCAUGGACUAGCACUUAGGCAGCAUUAUGUGAGACACAGUGCCAGCAAUCCUUCCUUUAGUCAUCUCUCAUUUUAAAAGAAGAUGAAAAACUCUCUGAGGUCCAUAUUCUCUGUGGCCCUCUGCUCCUUCUCAUGGGCAUAAAGUGGGGUUAGAAAUGGCUAGGUGGGGAGCCUUGCAAGACUCUGGCCCCUGGCCCCAGAGCCCCUGCCCUCAGAUGACAGGGAUAGGGAAUGAAUCAAAGGGAUUGGCAUAGGGUAAGAAGGAGAGUUUGGGAACUAGAGACCCUUCAAAGAUAAGCCUCCUAAGAUUGAGAGCUGCAGCUGCAGUGGCCACCCAUGGGGAGAAUCAGCGCCAUCUCUGAUUUAGAAGGCUCCACCAUCCCAAAUCAGGCUUUGUCAGCAGCAGCUGAGAAGAGCAGCCUGUGCCUCUGAAGGCCAGGCCUGGACCUUUGUCAAGGAUUGACUCUCCCAAAGGUUCUUGUUUCCUGUUGUGCCUCUUGCUUCACACGUUCCCUCUUGGAACACUUUGCUGGCCUCCCCCAAGUCCCUAAACCACUGCCUGUUGUAGCCCUUCCUGGGGUUCAGCUACACUAGCAACAAGCCUGUACCUGGCUGCUCCCAGCAAGAUGGAGGGCUGUGUAGAGCCAGCCAGUCAGCAUCUAUCCUUGGCAACCAGGAAAAGGGCGACAUUCACAGGAGGGAAAUGGAGCAAUAAUUCCACAGGAGGGCAGGGGCUUGCCCCGGUACCUUAUGAGAUCACAGAGUGCUCAGUGCUGUCCUCGGGCUUUGAUCCGGAAUGGGUGACUCCCCUGAAGCAGCUAUCUGACGGGUCUGGGCCUGGAGAUGCCUGCCCACACAAGGACCACUGGAAAUUUAAUGACAUGUGUAGUCUCCCCUCGAAGCUUUCCCUGGCUUUUGUGGAAUCUCCUCUCAAACACAAGUGUCAGGUGUGCGCACUCAUAGAGGGGCCUGAAUUGUGAAUAGAUCCAUUCACAGCACAAAGGGAAUGUGGAAUUUGGCCUCAGGAAGGGGUUCAUCCUGCUGAGGGGCAGCUGUUCAGCUGCCUAGGCUUACACUGACUACUAGUUUGGGCAGCGUCCUGAAGGGCCACCAGUCUGACUGUGCCCACCUUUCACCUCUGGUUGCAGAGUCUAAAUGCCAAGCCUGUGUGUUGGCCGAGCCUGUGGCUAGAGCAGGCUCUGAGAGAGCCUGAAGCCCUGGUGAGGCCCCAGGGCUCUCCUUCCUGUGGAUCUGGCACCCUCAGUGCUGCCAGAAUCAACUUACUAUCUAGGGAGUGGCCAUGGGAAGCCCAAACCAGUUUCAAGACUGAGUGGGGGAAGAGGGCCCUAAAUUGUCCCAGGCUUUAAAUACCAUGGCCACAGUCUGACCAAGUCCUUGGUCAGAACCUGUCAGCAACACCCCAUGGAAGGACCUCUGUGGCUAAGUCAACACCUGAGAAAUAGAUUGUCCCAGGAGAGUAAAGGUGUAUUUUCAGGAGCACCAAACGAGGAAGCACUUGAUCAUCUAAGAAGCUACUUUAAGUGAAAGUUGAAAGUGAUUUGUAUUUGAAAGGGCUGACCCUGAGAAAAGUAACUUACACAACACACAGCAGAAGCUUAUGAAAGAGGAAAGGGAGGGGCCUUGGAGAACACCAUGAAUGAUUGCUACAAGAGCCCCCCUCCCAGAGUCUUUUCCUUGAGGUGACAGAGAGAAUAGAGGGGAGGGGAAGUUUUCGCCUCAGUACCUGUGUGCCUUCCUCACCCAGGCAUGGUCUGCACACCUGCCUUCUCUGCAUGCACUCCGAGGGCCAGGAAUCUUGUUACUUUCCUGGUGAAUGCAUUUCAGCCAGCUGUGAACCUGGCCCCUUAACUGCACUUCACAGUGUCCUGGGCCCCUCUGGAAGGCAAGUGGGACUGCCCUGUGCCUCUGUCAUGUGUCAGUCACUUGCAGACCAAAAGAGCAGGAAUGAACCCUGGAUGCCUUCCCCACUUCCACCACGUCAGAACAGGGUUGAGGCCUCCCUCUCUCUAGGUGUGAGCAAGGUAACCCAGUUGCUUUAAUUUCAGAAGUAGGCUUUGGCUCAAGAUUCCAAUGGGCCAGAAACCCACAAAGAUCAAAACAUUAGCAAGUACAGCUGUCCUGGCCCUAAAGCCAAACGCACAGGGUGUGCCUAGGCAAGGCCCCACCCACAGGUCUAUUGUCAGCCCAAGGCAGGAGUUGGCCUGACCCAGCUCUGGGUCUGGCCAGACCGUCCUGACAUCACUGGGCACUCAGGCCAUACAGCCAAGCCUCUGUGCGUCCUGGGCAAUUAAUCUUUAUGAGCACUUGUAAGCGGGUAGCUUUUGAGAUACUGUCUCCCUUUUCUGAUGAGGCCACCCCAGGUCUCCUACAGAGUCAGGCCAGCUCCCCACUCCAUAACCCUGUCAGCUGGCACCCUCAUGGGUUUCAGAGUUCCUUUUUGGUGUUUGAUGUCUGCUUUUGUUACUACCUUGGGAAUUUUUAACCUUUUGAUUGUUCCUCUGGUGUCUUUGUUUACCUUCCUCACUGUUCUACCUCCUGGUCAGGUCUCAGCUUAGCUGCCCUGGCAUGGGGUGUUUUUCAAACCUUCCAGCCAUAGCUGCCUCCCCUCAGGCUGGAUGGCUCAGGGGUAACUGGGCCUCACUCUGCCUGCAGACCCCAGGUGGGCCCAUCUCACAGGCUUUCUCUUGCCAAGUUGAACAUCCUCAACCAGGCAAAAGUGGAGUGUGGAGGGAAGUCCAAGGUAAAUCUUCUGCUUCAGAAAGGCUGUGUCUUCAGGAGCAGGUUGGGGGGGCCUUCCCCGCACACAUGGGGAAGCUGAUGUCUUAGGGUUCACAAAGCAUCAAGACCUGCCUACAUCCAGACUCACCUUCCUGCGGGGAUCUUGACUUUGGAUAACAAUGCUUUAUUUGUAAAUAUGCCUAAUAUGCAACUUUGAGAAUAAAUCAGAAACAUCAUGUAUUUUAAAAUAUAAGAUGAAGUGUGACGCACUGUACACAAUUUAAUAUAUAUUUUUAGGAUUUUGUUAUUUAAGAAAAUGGAAUGUAAUGGUACUUAACUUUUACAAAAGAGAGAAAAAUGUUAUUUUUACUGUCUGGGGAAAUAAAUAUUCUCAUUGUUGU